AACUUGUAGGGAGAUCUAAAUAGAUACAUAGACAAGUUUAGCGAACAAGUAGUUUCGUUGUUGAACAUCGUUGGUAUAAUCACUGUAACAACGUGAUAAAACGCCUCUCUACAUCUGCAUAGAAUUCAUCACAUUCAACAUGUCUUCCUUCAAGUUGACUUACUUUCCCAUCACCGCAUUGGCUGAGCCAAUUCGUUUAUUGUUGGCCCAUAUGGGCAUUGAAUUUGAAGAUAUACGUUUCGAUAGGAAAGAUUGGCCAAAACUUAUUAAGCCAACUAUGCCAUUCGGCCAGGUACCCGUGCUCGAAAUAAACGGAAAGAUGAUUCAUCAGUCCAAAGCAAUUUGCCGUUAUUUGGCGAAGCAAUGUGGUCUUGCCGGCAGGGACGAUUUGGAGGCUUUGGAAAUCGACGCAACCGUUGACACGAUACACGAUUUACGCGCCUAUAUCGCUGAUUACUUCUACGAGAAAAAUGAAGCGGCUAAAAAUGAGAAAUAUAAAAUUGCAAAGGAGAUGGUACCGUAUUAUAUACAGCGUUUGGAGGAACAAGCAAGGAGGAACAAAUGUUACUUCGUUAGUGGUACUCUUUCGUGGGCCGAUAUCACUUUUGUCGGUCUUUUGGACUAUAUGAAUUACAUGAUGAAAGAGGACAUUUUACCAUUGAAAUAUACCAAUUUGAAUCAACUUAAAUCUAAAGUUUCAUCACCGGGCAUCGACAAAUGGCUCAAGACUCGUCCGCCGUCUAUCUGGGAGAAGUAAAUUUACAAAGUAAUGGUUGAUUCUUAUACAAAGUUGACUGUUCAUUAAUUGAUAUUUGAUUUGAAUAAUAUUCUCUCUUUAAAAAAAAUAUAUUUAUAUAUAUGUAUCAAAAAUACAUAUAAUAAAUUUAUUCAACUAUGCUUUCGAAGUACAAAUGUAUAUUUCAACAUUAAAGCCAGAUUGUUAUUUGUAUUGUACAACAAUUACUAGAAUUAGCAUAAAAUUAUUCUAUUGACAUCCAAAAAAUUGAAUUAAUUAUUACGUAAUUUUGUAAUUUAUUUUAAUAAAUGUAUACUAUGUUAUACUA